UGCUGAGAAAUGAGUUCAACCUUCUUUAUCCUUUAUUUUUCUUUUUUUUUCGGUGUUAAAAAAAACAAACGUCAAUCUGUGUACAUUUUGUCAUUCGAUGAUUUUUGAAAUUGCAAUAUUGCGUCAUCUCUGUGACCUGUCCAACUGGAUAUAAUUGUGACACAAAGUGUAUACACAUGGAAAAGUGUUAUUGUGAAAAAAGUGUAUUUAAAAAGAAACAAUUGCAUCGCAAAAUAUAAAUACAAUAAAAAAAAGGUCCCUACUUAUUUUAAUAAGAUGGCACCGAGAAAUAAAGAAAACUUAAUGAAAAAAACGAAACAUAUUUCCGAGGAUGAAGAUGAUGAGGAUUAUAGAAAAAGACGCGACAGAAAUAAUCAGGCAGUAAAAAGAUCUCGCGUAAAGAGUAAAUUACGUACACAACAAACUUUAGAUCGAGUGAAUCAACUUAAAACCGAGAACGAAUUGUUGGAGGAAAAAAUUAAAAUGCUCACUAAGGAACUUGGAUUUUUAAAAGAUCUUUUCUUGGCGCAUGCAGGUUCAAAUCCAAAUUCAAUGAACAUACAAGACCUGGAUUUUAAUGCGAUUCUUGCUGAAGAGUCAUGUUCGAAAUCCGGGGAUUCAUCAAUGUAAAUAACUUGCCAUUUGAGUCGCUGUGUCGACGGUGGUACAAAUUCAGUUGAAUGGAACUUUGUGUGUCCUCAAUAUACUCUCGUUGGUUAAAAAAAAAAAUAUAAAAAAAAAAAAAAAAAUAGAAAGAAAAAAAAAGAAGAGUAAUUGAAACUUGGAUAUCUUGGAAAGAUGCCAACUUUUGCGAUUAAUCGCGUGCGAAUCGCAAGAAUCAAGUUCUCAGGGUCAUGCGGUCAGAUAACCAUCUGGUAUAUAUGUGAAAAAAAAAGAAAAAUCCACCUAGAAGACUCAGUAGUACGGAAGCAAAAUGUAUAUUUCCAAAGGAAAUUACGAAAUAUCCGCUGAGAAAUUAAAUAGCAUUUUUUGUUUCUUUUCUUUUUUUUUUUUUUUUUUUUUUUUUUUAAAUUCUCAUCUUGGGAUUUUUAAACAUCAAUAUUAAAAAGGCUGUGCUACUCAUUUUUAUUAUAUAUUCAUAAUUCAUAAGUGUUUGCAAUUUGCAUGAUCAUCGAUAGAAAAUGAGACGCAGAGCAUUUUUUUAUUUUAAUUUCAUUCUUUUUUUUUCAUUGGACAAAAAAAAAAAUAUCUUAACUAGUGGAAAUUUUUCUUUUUAUUUAAGAAGUUUUGACACACUUCUUCUAUAAAUAUAUAAUAUAUAAUACCUGACAAAGCAUUUAGUUGAAAAAAAAAAUUUUUUUCUCUCUCUUAUUACAUACGAUACACUUAAUAGUUGACGCCACAAAAAUAUUUGUAUCGGGAUUUAUUCUAUAGAAGCAAAAUCCCAGAUAAGAGUUGACAGAAUUAUCUAUUUCUGUAUUGAUUAUGUAAAUGUUGCGGCAAAGUGGAAAUUUUGAAAUUUGACGAUUAGAGGCGAGAAUUUCAAACGAUUUCAAGCUUCAGUUUACAUUUAUAAAGAUUUAUAACAUUUUAGAUAUAUAAAAAAAAAAAUGAAACUGAAGCUAAAAAUCAAGUGAAAUUGACAAAUAAUUUUUAUUUUUAAAAAGAAAUCAUGUAUUUUUAAUUCUGAUGAAAAAAAAUACUUUUUUCCCAUUAUUAUUAUUAUUAUUUAUCGUUUAUUCGAAGAUAAAUAUUUUUAAGCUUUAAUGUUCAAUUUAAAAAAUUGUUUAAAUAUUAAUUUGUAGAUUCUUCAAGAAUUAUAAGAGAUUGUAUUUUAUUAUUUUGAAAUAAUUGUUUAAAAUAGAAGGUUGGAAAAAAAGAUAUAAUUUCCAACUUUUUUUUUCAUAAUAAUAUAAUGUAGAUAAUAAAAAAAAAGAUGAAAUCAUUUUUAUAUUUAUAUAGCUGAUAGUAAAUUGUGAUUGUUUUUGUUAUUGAUAUAUAUAUAUACUAUAUUAAAAAAUGAAAAAAUAAACUUUUGUUUUAAUAAUAAUUUUUAGGAAUAGUUGAUCUCAUCAUGAGAGUGAGAUUAAAAAAAAAAUUUAUAUAUUUAACUUAUCAAGCAAUAAUUGAACGUUUUUUAAUUACAAAUUAUUGUGUAUAAAUUAUAAAUUGUAUACAAAUUAUGUUAAUUGUUUCUUAAAAACGUCCGCCAUUUUAUUGUUAAUUUAAUUUUCAUAUACAUAUAUGGCCUCUAAUAAAUUUGUAAGAAUUUUUUUUUUUAAAGACAACAUUAGUCGAAACAUGUAAUAUUAUUAAUUGCUAAAUGUUUGGCGUAAUAUUGCAGGACAAUUGAGGAAAUAUUGUACAUAAAAUAUUUGUAUUAAAUAUUAAAUAUUUAUUAAAUAUUUUUAUGGCACUAUAAAAAUUUUAUGUGCAAUAUUUUCUCAAAUUAUUAAUUUACACAAUUACCCCAAUAUUCUAAAUCUCGGAUGGUAAAUUGAGCUGUUUUGCAAAUUUUGAAUUUCUUUGUAAAUACUUUUUAGAGGCGUAUCUCAAUUUUUUUUUAAAAGAAGAAGAAUUUGAUAAACAAUCGAAUCAAAAGUUAGUCCAACGAUAUUUUUUUUUAAUAUUUAAAUAAAAAAAAAUCUUAAUCGUAUGAGAAAAAAAAACAAUUUGAACUUUCAAUGCAAGUGUUAAUAUUUUUAACAUUUUGAAUUAUUAAAAAUUUGUACAUUAAUAAAAAUUGGACAAUUAUAUCUUACAGGAAACGAUUUUGGUAACAAUCUAAAAAUUGACUAUCGUUUCUUACCGUGACAAAUUUUUAAUUUUCAUCCAAAUGCAAUUUUUAAUUAUUCAAAAUGUUGAAAAUAAAAUUUCUCAAACUUUUACUGAAAUAUUUUGUAAUUAGAAAAAAAAUUUUUUUUUUUAAAUGCCUAAGCAGAAUGAAAUUUUUAAUCGUAAAUCUCAAGCUUUUACAUGGGAGAGAAAAGGACAAAAGAUGUUUAUAUCCUUUUCUCUCUCAUGCAAAAGCUUAAGAUUUACGAUUACAGAUUUCAUUCUGCUUAAGCCUUUUUUUAAAAAAUGUGAAGUUGGACAAAUUUUUGUUUUGACUCUACAUCCGAUUAUUUCUAGGUUAUAAACCAUUAAUAAUAUAAAUGUAUGUGCGAUUAUAUAUGUUAAGGUUAAAUUGAUAUUUCAAAUAAAGAUAAAUAUAUAUAUUUCCUUAAUAAUCAUAGAAUUUUUUUUAUUAGUAAAUUUAAUUUAAAAAUUUAAAUUCUUAUUGUGAUUAUAACGGAACGCUCUCUGUUGGAAAUUUUUUGAACUAUAGAAAGUAGGCUUUUUGUCCAGCUUUCACCAAUCAGAGUAUAGUAGCACUGAAAAAAAAUUUAGUAAAUUUUACCCAACUUUUCCGAACUAGCGAAUAUAUCCUCUAGUCCAGAAUAGUUGAGUAAAAUUCACUGAAUUCGUUUUACAGAUCUACUUAAAAUUGAUUGAAUUAAAAAAAAAAUUUAGAACAUUUAAUAAUUAUACCCUCCCACUAUGCAAAUUUUUCAUUUUAGAAAAUCCGAUUAUAAAAAUAUUUAGAAAUUAAAUUUUAUUAUAAAAAAAAUUUGGUUUUAUAAUGUAAUAAUAUAAAAAAAGACGUGUCAGAAUACAUGAAAUUUAAACACCGAGUAAAGUCCAAAUUCCGUUUAAUUUUUUUUUCCCAAGACAAUAAUGUCAUAGUCAUUUAUUAUUAUUUGUGAAAAAAAAAUCGCAUUUGAAUAAAAAGGCGGCAACUUGUCUCGUUUUCACAAAUUUUAAAAUUCUUGAUUUAACAAAAUUUCUUAUCUGUCAAUUACCCUUUCUUUCAUCUUCUCACUUUUAUUAUCAACAAUAAUAUUUCACUUUUCCUCAUACAAAAGCAAUUAUUGAAUUCACGUCAUUUUCUUUCUUUUUUUUUUUUUGGUUUUUACACCUCCGAAACCUCGCUCUGAUGUCACCUGUAGACUUCGGGCUCAGCCGAAGAGUUCCGAUCGAUCCUCGUAAACACUCGUGUAUCUCGUGGUACACUUAAUCAGGAACGUGUCACAAUAAAAAAAAAGAACCACUCUGCAUUAUUGUCAAUUGUCACAAAUAAGAAGAAUGAAAAAUUGUCUAUUUUUUCCAUUCUAAAUAGUGGGGAAUUUUUAAUUAUUUAAUUAUCAAUGUGACAAGUGAGAAUUAAUAAUUAAAAAAAGAGGAAAUUAAAUAUGAAGAAAUUUAAAAUUGCCCAGGGUUCCAUUAUAAUUAAUGUCAGUACUUUGCACUUCGUCUCGACGAUGGUGCUAUCGUUUUGUUCCGUCGUUGCGCUGGUGUUGUAUCUGUAUCUAGCAGACGACAUGUUAGCUACAGGGAGCACCUCGUCUCGGACGUUUUUUUCCGUGAAGAGCUUCCUCGGGAUUUCUUGAGUGAAGACCUCGAUCGGUGAGGUGUGAACGGGGGGGUGUGAGAGAGUGAGAAAGAAAGAGAGAGAGAGAAAGAGUGAGAGAAGGUCAUCUCUCGCGGGUGCGUACGGAAGAGUGAGAAGUGUACGCGUGUCCAGUGUGUUGUGUCAUAUAGUCUUCGCACCAAGGACCUCGGGGGCGGGGGGGAUUGUGAGAUCGUAUCCGAUCCGGACAAGCCCCCGACAACGAGAGGAUCAUCAAAAAAAAAAAAAAAUUUGGAUCCAAAGAUCGAGGUACUUGUCUCCAAAUAGAGACAAUUGUCCACGUUGUACUCCGUCCCGGCCUGUCAACUUGACUGUUGUAAAGUCUCGGGACGAGCCACUUAUCAAUCAAUUUUUUUUUUUUUUUUUUUAUUCAACGUCCAGGGUAGUGGCUAUUUUUGGGUAAUAAUAAUAAUUCCACGACAAAAAUUAAUGAAAAGAAGAGGAAUUUAAAAAAAAGGGGGAAAAAAAAUUUGUGACAGUGGGAGGCAGGAAAAGUGAGUCAGAAAAAUAAAUUUUGCGCGCGUGUGUGUGUGUGUGUGUGAUUACUAAUAGAGGCCGGUGAAUCGUGAUCAGCUGAGAGGUAGGAAGACGAGAACGAGGAUCAGAGGGUAUUAUAGGGAGUGAGCAACCCCUAUAACGAUCGACCCUCGGCCUGCCUCGCGAGUGACGAAUCAAUCGACGAGGUGGGCAGGUGUCGGCUCUCUCCUCCUCUUGUGUGUGGUGUGGUCGCCCUCUUGGAAACGGAGCAAAAACGGAGGAACGAGGAGCUGGUGCGGCUGCUGCACGCGGCACGGUUUCGCCAAAGGGAGAGACGACAAGGAGUGAUCGACGAGGUGAGGCCAAGAGAGGAGAGACGUGCUGCUUGUUCAGUGUAGUUAUGUGAGCCGUGAGUGCCACAUUGUGUGUGAGGGUGAAUAAAGCCGGCGGGAAGGGGGGUCCUCCUCUUUCUCUCUCUCUCUAGCCUAUACUACAAACCCUUAUUUUAAGAGGUUAGGGUUACCUCGUAGAAAGAAAAUUUUUUACCCUGCGAAUUAAAAAAAAAAAAAAAAAAAAAAAAAAAAGCAGGGAAACAAAUUCCCCUGUGUUUGUGUGACAGAGAGAGAGGGG